AGAACCACAAAGCGAAAGAUUCUAAAGUUCUUCGAUCUUUUUCAUAAAUUUACCUACGAUAAGGCAUUUGUAUACAUAUAUAGAUCAAGCAAUGUAUAUUCAUACUGUGUCUUGCAAUUUGGAUUGGACACAUGACUUAUGGACAAUUUUAAUUGGAACAAUCAUAGUCGCUAGAGUUUUAUGUGGUUUUACAUCGCACGUGCAUCUUGCAAUUGUAUAAAGUUUGAAUUGGACUUCUCUCAUUCUAACAAAUUAAAUAUACAUCAGGUAAAUUGACAUAUUUCAAUAUGAAACCAACACUUGUAGCUGAUGAAAUGUUCCCUGAAGGAGCUGGGCCUUACGUUGAAUUAGAUGAGGUUGGUGGUAGUAGGUUAUUAGUAGAUCUUACAGCGAGUGAGAAAGCUGUCCAUGCAGAUUUUUUCAAUGAUUUUGAUGACUUAUUCGAUGAUGAUGAUUUGGAGUAAAGCGUUCCUAUAGAAAUGAACUAUGCAUUGCUUUUGCAGACUGUAAUUAACUUAGCAUUAAAGCAGAAAAUUUCUGGUUCUCAUAAAUCCAUGUGAAAUAUUAUGUAAUCAACCAUAUGUUAUCACUUACAUUCAGCAGAAAUAUAGUAUUAGAUUAAAUAAUAUUUUAAUAUAAUAUAUUAAUAAAUAAAAAGAUUUACUAAAAGCUUUUUUAUCAAUUUAUAGCUGAUUGUACAAUUUGCUGACUUUUUAGUGCUGUGUUUAAUUUAAUUGAUAGUGCUAGCUUUACAUAUUCCAUAUUACAAAUAGUAUUAAAAUAUUUAUAAACUAUAUAUAACAAGAUUGAUAAUUAUCACCAAUAUUUUUUAAUAUAUUGGCAAAAACAAAAGCAUACUUAAGGUAAAAAAAUCAUGCAACAGUUGUAAAGUUAUUUUUCUCUGCUGAAUGCAGCCAUCAAAUUUAUCACGUUUAUAUUUAUAUAUAUAUAUAAUAGAGAUAUGAAAAAUGUUUCAUUUUUAAGUUUGCUGUAUAAAACUACUGCAAACUCUUA